UUUUUGCGCCAAGAAAUAUUUUUUUCUGUACUUUUUUAAAUUAUUAAAUUUUUUAAAUUUAAAAAUUUGAAAUUUUCCCGGAUAAAUUUGCGCCGUUUUUUUGAACAAGUGUUUGGUUCUAAAAAAAAAUGUGACAAAAGUAGCGAGGCGGUCAUUAAUCUUGAGAUUAUUUUUAUAUUCAAGUAAAUUCCUGUCAGAAUUUUUCAAAGAUAAAAAUGCAGACAGUGGCGCGCUCGCGUGAGUAACCCGCGUACUUUUAUCCCAAACUCCAAAGGUAACUGAAUUCAAAAAAAUAACACUAUCCUCGUAACUUAAUUUGAACACCUGCAACCUGCACAGGUGCAACCUCGUCACGCUUUGAAUUUCCCUCCCUAAAAAUUUCGUCAUUUAAAAUAUUUAAAGUAUAACCAUCAAUAGAAGCACUCGUAGUUUUUACUACGAAUUGUAUUAAUUAAAGAGAGACCUCGGACGUGGGUGCGAGGGAGAGAGAAAGAGAAAAGUGUUUAGCUGAGACAGAUCGAUAAAGACGGCUGGACAACCAGAGGGAGGAGGAGCGUCGCAAGGCAAAGCAAAAAAAGGUUUUUAUUCAUCCGCGAUAGCGCGGAUUUCCACGACAAUACCCGAGCUUGAGAACGUUUACGUUUGUUCAGAGUUGACUCUGCUGGUGGAGAGGAAAACGUUCAUAGUGGAUACAACAGAAAGAACCAAACGAUCGACAAGGAUGGAAGUAGUGGUGGCAGAGUGAGUUAAGUACAAACUAUUAUACAUGCAGAGGCAGAGAACAGAGGAGACCAGACCGUAGUAGACCGGAGAGACAACAGAGUACUGACUACUGAGCAAGAGCAAGCAAGAGUGUGGAUUGGAGUAGAGUAGUGAGCUCGGAGUACAGUAGACUGGUUGUGCUAGUGCCUGUCCUGUCUGCCCGUCAAACGUCAUAAGGUGUUAGGUGUCAGUUGGCUGGUGGGCCUCCUUGUACUAGGUCUUGGUGUCUUGGUGGUGGUAUACAUCACCUGUAGUAUAUUUACAAUAUAAUACGUCAACGCAAACAACUUGGGCCAGUUUAUAUCCUGGCUCGUGACAGUGAGGACGUACCGAGUGCCAACACGAUGUCAUGUGUUAUUUUAUUUAAAUUUUAAAUUCAAAUUUAAAAGACUUUACUCUUUAGCAAGAUGACUAAGCAGCUGGAGAUGGUGCUGGUGGUUAUCCUGGAGGAGGUGCGCUCAUAUACUUUUUUCUAGUCCUGCAGAUGUUUUAAUUACCGGGUACGUUUUUUUUUAUUGUGCCGUGUGAUGGAUUAACAAAGUGGUUUAUUUUGUUAGCUCCAAGUAAUUUGCGCGCUGGAUUUAAAUUUUAAUUUAAAAUAAAAAUAAUAAAUACAGUAAUAAUCAGCAGGUAAAAUGAAGGAAUUAGAGCAAGUACAUGACGUGCCGAUGGGCACACGAACGCUUAAAUCAUUAUUAAAGAAACCUGGUCACAGUAAACAACGUACGCAUAAAAAUCGCGUCACGAUAAAUGAAAAACUAAAUGAAUUUUUUGCUGCUGAUUAUAUAAUAUUGAUAAAAGAAGAGUGCUGUGGUGAUUAUGAGGAAGAGUGCGACUGUUGUUGUCAGGAGCCGGAGAUGAUAAGACUUGGAAAUUGCAAAGAGUGUCGGGCUGAGUUGACGAGACAAUUGGCUGCUGGGGACAUCGACACGCGUUUUAAUCCCGAGCGAAAUGGCAAUAAAAUAAUUGAUACAAGUUGUGAUGUAUCGCGACGUGUAGGUGCUGGUGUUGGUGGAAUUGGUGGCUGUAUAAGUGUCGGUGGUGUUGGUAUGGGAAUGGGAAUGGGAAUGGGGAUGGGGAUGGGGAUGGGAAUCGGCGGUGGCGGGAGCGAAGAGUCUCAGGAAGACGAGGACGAGGAGGACGAGGACGAAGAGGAAGAGUACGAAGAAGAAGUCGACGAUGAUGACGAUAAUGACGAAGCCGAGUCUUCUGAGGAAACGGAGCAUCAUCGCGACCACCGUUCCGCUGGUGGUGGCAGUCCAGGUGAGCCCAUGACACCCGGGCAAUUACAGUCACAGACGCAAACCCACGAGACUCUGAGUCCUCCGGAAGGUUACAAGGACGUUUGCGAGGAAGACAUGCAAACUGAGGCUUCAAACGACAUGUGUCCUGUUUCCACUGGAGCGGUGGUAGUUUGCGGCGAGUGUAAUUACUAUCGUCAGAGAACCUCAGAGCAAGAUGUCGAGGACGGGAACAGAAACACCCACGAGAUCGACGAGAAUGCCCAGAAGACACCGGAGCAGUCCCAGCAAACGCCAGACAUCCAUCAACGCUACCUCGUCGAGACGAUAACAAUGACAACGGUAACGGAGCGUCGCAUUGUCCGUGAGAUCAGCGACGACAAAAGCAACAGCAAUAUAAUAAAUAGCAGCCCGGAGCUGGUGGAUCAAACAGACAAACCAGUUGAUAAUUCCAACACUAACGAGGUAACAAACGGCUCGCCGGAUAAUAAUGUGACCAGUGAGCAGAUCAACGAGGAAGAUAAGACGAAAGUAUCAAAGCCACCAGCACCAGCGCCAACACCAACACCAACAUCAACAGCAGCAACAGCACCCGCUACAUCAUCAAUUACCGAAGGAGACAGAGAUACACCCGGCAGUGCAACAAUAGGAUCAGCGGAGCAAAAUAAUGAUUUAAUGGGCUUCAAAUUGGGCAAUUCGUCAUUAGUGACAAAUAGUUUAAAACCAAAUUCAGCAGUGAGACAGUUAUUUCCAAAUCCAAAGUUUAUAUCUCCACCACCGGCACUUACCAAAGGUAUGUCGUUGUCAAACGACGAGGCAACUGAUAGCGAUGGUUCUGAAGCUCAAAGGUAUCUCGUAACAACUGAGAGUCUACGGCUUUUUGACUCUGUAAAGAGAGCCAAAAUGGCUGGGUCACGUAGCGACUCGUCUGAAAGCGAUUCCUCGACAAUAAAACGUACGAUAGAACGUAACGCUUUGAGGAGAUCCCUCGUUUGUAAAUACGACACGCUGACGAGAAAAAAAAAUCUUAUGAGAAAGGACGUCAGUUUGGAGGAGAGGAUACGGCAAUUGACGUGCGUUGAUCCUGAAGAGGACACUACUUGCGACAGCACGUCUGAUUCGAUGAGCAAUGCCGGUGACAAUCAUUUGAAUUUGUCGCAAGAUCUCCAGGAUCUGCCAGCGAGGACAUCACCCUCGGGAGAAGAGCGUCCGCUUAAAAACGAACGCAUUGUGCGCGCUGAUUGCCCGGAGCAUUCACCGUCACCUCCGCUCCAUCAUCAUCAUCACCAUCACCACUAUCAUCACCAUCACCACAACAACCCGUCGACGUAUAAAAAAAUAACGGAUCUGUUUGGUCAGAAAAAAAUAGAAAAUAUGCCGGAUUUGGGUCUGGGUGACCGCUCGAGCCCCAAAACGUCGACCUCUAAAUUAAAUAACGACCGUAAACAAUUUCUUUCGAGUCUCGCGCCGCUUUCCUGUGUCGCCUCGACGGGCAUUGACGGCAAUGAUUAUUAUCAGGUGUCGUCAAAAAUAAACCGGGAUUCAAUGGGCGGGUACACGUCGGACUCGUCGUACAGUUUGGAAGACAUUGAAGCGGCAUUGAGAGGUGACGAGAGAAAUGGAAAGAAUUCCGGGCCGCCGGAUGUUACUCGAGGAACUCCAACGGGCAUUGGUCCAGGUGACGCUUCUGACGCAACGACUGACGAAUUGCUGGCAUUCGUUGAGCAAGACAAGACCAGGACCGAGAGACUCAAGAGACGUUAUGACACCGACGAGCAUCAUAACCAGCAUCACAAAGAUGUUGCGGUAAAUAGUAUCGAUAAAAACGGCAGCCAGUCGGUUGAUGACGAGGACGACGAGUUAAACGACUAUGGAUUUAAUCGACGUCCAGCAGUUCGCGGUAUCAAACCUCAGUUUGAGUCAACCAGUGAAAUUGUACGUCAACUGCGUUACCGUACUAUUCCAGCUUCGAUCGUCGACAAGACUCGUCAAGCUCCCUGGCCUUAUUAUGACACCGAUAAUCAUCAUCAUCAACUGGAGAAACGGGUUACAUUUACAACAUCAACAGCCGCUGCUGCUGCCGCAGUGGGAGUCGGAGUCGGAGUAGGGGUUGGAGUUGGAGUUGGAGUUGAACCGGAUGACAUCAAUAGCAUAACGUCAUCACGUGACAGUACGAUAAACCGUAUCAACACAAUGCAACGUCAGAUUGACGACAUUUAUCAGACAAUAGCUGAAAGUGCAUUGAGUAUACAGGGAACCCUUGAACGCGGGUCGUAUCUCGAAAGCACACUGCCACGUGGGGUGUCAUCGCGGUUACCGGCAGGCCCACCGCCGCCAUUGCCACCCUCGGUGGCCGAUUGCCACCGUUACGACCCAAAGACAGGGGGACCUGCACACUUUCAAGAUAAUCCCCGCAUGCAUAUGUACAACAGUUUGCCUAAACAGCCGCGUCGUACUGCCGUAGCCAUAUCAAACUACCCAUGCGGAGUGGUCCCCAUUGAAAGCAGCACCAAGUGCUACCGCACAAUGUACUUGGUGCCAUACAACGGCAUCACUGACCCAACUUACCAAAACAUCCAGCGAAUUCUACCUCCACACUCAUCAUCGGCCAAUUACGCUGAUCAUCUUGAAAGAUAUCCGUACCCGAGGAAUGUCGAGCCGGAUGCAAGUCAAGUGCCUCGCAAUUAUUACCCACGAGCACCUGGUCCUGGUUCUGGAGGUGGACCUGGACCCGGAUCUGGACCUGGAACUGUAACUGGAGCAAUAACUGGCCACGCAACACCAGCAAUAGUGCCACCACCACCGCUACACCUGCGUCUUCAACCCGAAGACAUGGGAUUCAACACAGCUGGUGUAGGAAUGCAGACAAUCCUCCAGCACCAGCACAUAUCGCAGCUGGCGACCUACAACGUCCAGUCAGUUCCGGCUUACACGGUGAUGGCACCGUCCAGGACUCCGGGAUAUCCCUACCCCGUCCAUCCACGUGGCAGCGUUGAGAUCCAGACGCAGACAGGUUCUCUACCUCCGACGAUGACGACAAACAGCACAGUAGCAGCCGGAAUAAACGGAUCCAACCAUCAUCUAGCCUGCACUUCUUCCUCAUCUUCAACUUCAUCAGCGCUUUCUUCUCCCACAAAGACUCCCGCCAUCACCAGCAUGUGCUCGACAGCAGAACGAGGAGUUCCCGAAGGCGCUGCCAGUGCGCCCGCCCACGAUUUUGUGUCGCAACCGAACAAUGUUUCGUACGGACACAACGUGCCGCCGCCUAAUACACAAAACUCAGUCUACUACGCCAUGAACGUCUGAACCAUAGACUCCUGGAGCUUCCUCUUCUUUAUUUAAAUUAUUAUUAUUAUUUAAAGACAACAAAACUCUCAUGUAAUCAACUUUCUAUUCUUACUCAUUCUCUCUCUCUCUCUGUUUCUUUCUCAGCCUCUUUAUUUAUUUCAACAAAACUGCGUCUGUCUCUCCUGGAUAUUUUUAUUUAACUCUUGGCAGCAAUUCGCUAAAAUUAUAUUUUUUAUCAUUCAUCGGGGCUUUAAUGUGGGAAAGCGGGUUUAUCUUCAGCAUACAGAACUAGCUUCCAUGUGUGUUACCACCACCACCACCACCACCAUCUCCAUCACAAUUCUAUACUCCAGAAUGCAAUUAUGAACCGCGAAUCGAUGCGACCACAAAUAUUUAUAAAAUUAAUAACUCGCCGCCGGGAUUUAUUGUAAAUAAUUGCUAACAUUUAUAUAUAUAUAUAUAUAUAUAUAAUUUUAAAUUCGCGGGUUGAAAAAUAGUUUUUUUUUAUUACGGACACUUUGUUUUAUCGAUAACCAGUGAAUUAAACGAACGCUUCUGACGUUACGUAUAAAUUAUUGACUUUAGGCAUCGGUAAACUUUUUUUUUAAAAGAGAAUUUAAAUAAAAUUGUUUGUAAUAUUUAAGUUUUAAAAGUUUCUCUAUAAAUAGAGUUUUAAAUACCAAAUCAAUAGCUUGUAUACUAUGUUUAUUUUUAUUUUUAUUAUUGUAAUUAUUAUAAUUAUUGUUAGUUAUGCUAGUAAUUUUUUUUUAUGUAUUUGUUAAGCUGACAGCGUGACUUGAAUUACUGUUGCAACAGCGGAGCCAAAAAUUAGAUUUGAAUUAUUGAGAUUUAUAUUAUAUAUAUAAAUAUAUAUGUCUAUUUAUAUAUAUUGCAAUACAAUGGAGAGAAAUAGGAGCGAAAUAGGAUGGGGUUAAAAAAUCCCGCAAAAUUUUGAGUAAAUUUUAAGUAAUCGGAGCAAAAUGGGUCGCAUUUUUUUGGAAUUUUGGGCCAUGUAAAAUUUUUAAUGUGUAAAUUAAGGGGGAAGAAUGGGCCUUAAUUUUUAUUAAAUAUAUUAAGGGGUAAAAUUGUCAUUAUGGGGUAUUUUGGGCCAUUUAAAAAUUUUAAUAAAUUAAUAGAGAGAAAAUGGGCCGUAAAUUUUAUUUUUACUUGUAAAGGGGUGAAAUGGGCAUUGCGGGGUAUUUUGGGCCAUGUAAAAUUUUUGGUAAGAAUAUUAAGGAGGGAAAGUGGGCCUUAAUUUUUAUUUAAUCUAUUAAGAGGUGAAAUGGGCCGUGAAUUUAUAAAAAAACUUAAAUAGGAGAAAAAUGAAAUAGGGGUAAUUUGGGCCGGAUAAAAGUUUAUUCUUGACGAUCCAUUUUGCCCUGACUUACACAUUCAAAAGUACUUGGUCAUAAAGUUUUCACAUGCGAAUAAGCAGCCGUUAAUUGCUCAUAUCAAGUCAUACAUGAACAUGUUAAGGGUCAGAGAUAAAGGCAGCAAAAAAUAUAAAAAUAAAAAUAAAAAUAACCGAGUUCUAGAGGGGGAGAGAGUUUGUUCGAUAAAAAAAAAACACGUUUACUAUUUCAUGCGGAAGUUUUAAUAUAAUUACCGUAACACUUUGACGGCAGCCGUGUAGGUAUCGAGUGGAAAAAUAAUAAUUCCACAUGUAUAUUUUUUUCUAAUUUAUAACUCCUAUCUAAUUAUAUUCUCUUCUACUAUAUUAUACAAUUAAUUAAUUAAUUAAUAACUUAUCAAUUGACCUACUGAUAUAUAAAUAUAUAUAAAUAACGAUAAAGAAAUAGUUUUUUAGUGCAAAGACUUUUGACUCGAUAAAAAUUGAUAUUGAUAAUUAAUAAUAACAAUAAUAAUAUUAAUAAUAAUAAUUAUUAUUAAAUAAAAAAACAAUAACCAAAGUCGUAGAGCUGUUAGUUGUUGUUGUGAUACCUAAUGUUUUCAAUCUAUAGAAGCUGUAGAUUUAAGCCAAGAUGGUAUUAACAAACAUAAAUUAUAUAUAAUAAUAAUAAUUGAUAGUAUGAUUUAUUUUAAAAAUAAAAUAACGUGCAGAUUAGGGCUGAUAAAAAUUUGAAGCCUUCAAUAUUUUACUGGUAUUCAAUUUGGUAAUAAUUGUCUAAUUAAUGAUAAUUAUGAUGAUUGUUCAAUUUUAAAAUAUGAAAUUAAUAAUUGUUAUGAAAUCAUAUAUUUAUUAGAUAUUUUGUUUUUUUUUUAAUUAUUAUUGUAUAAUUAAAAUUAAUAUUUUAUGUUAAGGGCGGUCUCAGACAGUGCCCCCCACUUUUUAAAAAUAUGCAAUGACUUUCAAUUAUCAUAACCGAAUUAAAAUUUUAUUAAUCAAUUAAAAAAAAUUAAAAUUUUAAUUGAAAAAAAUGUUUACAAUUGAUAUCAAUUGGGAGUUAAACGAAAUUUUUUGAAUAAAUUUUAGCCGCCAAAAUUUAAAAAUUCGAAUUAUAAAAUUGACAGGACGAUUUUACGGAAAUUUAUUUAACGAAUUUUGUUUAACUUUUAAUUGAUAUCAAGUGUAAAUAAUUUUUUUUUAAAUCUAUAUACCGGCGAAAUUACGUCUACGUUGUCCUUUUUUCAAUUAAUGCUUUAAUUUUUUUUUAAUUAAUUGAUAAAAAUUUGAUACGCUUAUAACAGUUGAAAGUCAUUCAAAAUUUUUAAAAAGUGGGGGCACUGUCUGAGAAUGGCCUUAAUUACAAAAAAAAAAUCUUUUGGCGCCAAAAAUUUUACUCGACCCAAGAAAACUUUUACUUGUCCCCAAGAAAAUUUUUUCAUUAUGAAUUGAAAACAAAAAAUUUUCUCAGCGCGCGAAAAAAAUUUUUAAACGGAGAAAAUUUUUCGCGCCAAAAAAUUAUUUUUUAUUGUGUAGUAGAAUGAAAAAAAAAAUUUAUGUAUUUGUUGAUGUGUAGUAAGUAUGAGUAUGAGUAUGAAUAUAUUUUAUUUAUUAAAAAAUAAAUGUACUAAAAUAAAUUGGUAAUUAAUUGAUAAAAAAUGUGCACGUGGGAGGGCUUUAAAAAACAUUGAAGACUGCAAUAAUUACAACUCUGGCCUACUGAUUAAUAAUUUACGACUAGAUUACAAAUGUUCUAGUAUUUUAAGAUAACUUUGUGUAAUAGAAGAGAAAAAAGAAAGAGAUAACAGUUGAAUAAAAACAGGUUAUCAAUGCGUUAAAUUUAAAUUUUAAAAUUGUAGGUGGAUAAGUGGAAACUUUUAAAUUAUGAGAUAACUUGACAAAAUAUAAAUUAAAAUAUAAAUGGAACCGUACUCUCGUACCUAUGGAACAAAAAGAGAUCUUUUAAUUAAUAUUAUUAUUUUUAUUUUUAUUUAUACAUUCAUUGUAUUUAUUUUUUAUUUAUAAUUUAUCAUUCCAGAUUUAUGUAUUUUUUUUUAUUUGUUACCUCUCGGUCAUUCCAAAGAAUGAAGUUUUAUUUGUUAUAAAUUAUAUUUAUUUGUCAUAAUUGUGUUUUUUAUUUUAUUUCAUUAUCCUUUAGUUUCAAUUCAUUGGCACACUGAGCGGAAAAUUAAAAUAAAAAAUUCUCUUGAUAAAAAAAAAUUAUUAUUUUAAAUAAAAAUUUUAUUAUUUUGAAGUAAAAAAUUUUUUUCUCUCAGUGUAAUUUUUGAAAAAUGGUAAUUGUGUACUUGAGUAUAUAUUUAAAUAUGAUAAUUAAUAAUUAUCAUUAUAAAAAUUAAGUUUAAUAAUUUAAAAAUAGAAAUUUUAAUUCUUUCUGUCGAAUUUAAAAAAUAAUUUUUCGCGCGCAAAUUUAAAAAAUGAAUUUCACAAAUAAAACUGAUAUAUUUUUUUGCGAAAAUACUCAAGUUAAAUAUAAUUGCCAUAAAUUUAAUUAAUUAUUUUUAUAAUUUAAAUUUAAAAAAAAAAACUAAAACUGGGUGCAAAAAAAAGGGAAGCACAAAUUGAGAUAAAGCCUUUUGCAACUCGAAUUAAUAAAUUGUAUAUCAAUACAACAAAAAGAAAUAUAAAUUUAAAAGUUAAAAUGUAAACUAUAAAAUGAUACCGGAAGUAGCAGACAUUUAAAAUUUCUUUCUUUCAAAUAAACAAAAAUUACUUACAGGAAAAACUUCUGAAAACUGCACACCAAAUUUUUGCGCAUGUUCUCAAAAUAGUAUCAUAAUUACCAGAAAUAGGGUAGAAGUAACAUUUGGCCACUGGUCCAUUGGACAUUUUAAUUAAUGAAAAAGUAUUUAAUUAAAUUUUAAUUGCCAGAGUAAUAAAAGUAUCCUUGCAUACAUUUUAAAAAUCAAUUACGGCAUGCGCAUAAAUGCCAAAAAUUCGAGGGCAUUCGCAAAACCACAAGGAGUCAUUGCGUUUUUUUCGAAUUAUUUUAUUUAAAUUUUCGAGUGCAAAUGCAGCAGACAGACAAAUUUAAAAUUAUUGAUAAACAGAGUAAAUGCUUAAUAAAAUUAAAUUUUCAAAAAAUGCGCAUUUAAAAAAUUUUCAAAUUAAUAAGUGCAUUUUUUAAAAAUAUUUUUUUUUGAUUAUUUACUCUAUUUAUUUAUAGUUUAAAAUUUGUCUUAUGUCUGCUACAUUCACAUUCAAAUUUUUAUGAUACUGAAGUUAGCAAACGUCAAAUAAUUUUUGGAAUUAAAAAAAAAAUGAUAAAUUAUAAAAAAAAAAAUAUUUUGAAAAAUUGCACUCGUAGAUUUUUUUAUUUUUUACAUGUGCAUUUUUUUAGUCUUUUUUUUUUUUUGCAAUUUGGUGAAAAAAAAAUCCGAAAAUUGUUGAUUGUCUGCCAACUUCUGGAUCAUAAAUUUUUUUAUGAUACUAAAGUUAGCCGACGUCUAAUAAUUUUUGGAUUUUUUUUUAGACGGUAAAUUAUAAAAAAAAAAAAUUUGGAAAAAUUGCACCUGUAGUUUUUUAAAUUUUCUACAUGUGCAUAUUUUUUAUUUUUUAUUUUUUUGUAAUUGAUUCGUUGAAAAAAAAAUCCGAAAAUUUUUAAUUGUCUGCUAACUUUAGGAUCAUAAUUUUUUUGUGUCCAAAACUGGUUCAAAAAUGGCACCUCUACCCUAUAAAUUAUUUAUAAAAAUAAAAAAAUCAUCUGAUGUCUGGUACUUUCAGUGUCAUACUAAAAACAGUAUUUGGGACCCUCCGUAGAAUAUUUAAUAAUAAAAAACAAAAUGCGUAUUAGUAGUUGAUUUUGAUGAUAGUCAGAGUAUUAGAAAAAAAAAAACAACUAAAUAAGGUAUUUAAAUAACUAAUAAUAAUAUAUAAUAAAGAACAGAGAAACAUACAUUUAAUUAUAGGAAAUAGAUCCGAUUAGAAGUAAGGGAUUGGUGUUACAAGGUCGUUGAUCGUUAAUGUAAAAGUGUUACGCGGUGAAAGGUUUUAUGCUGCAUUUGACAUGAAAAUAUAUAUAAAUUUAAAUAUAAAUAAAAAUA